AAAUCUCCGUUACUCUUUAACAUGUACCCGUAUUUCAGUUACAUUGGCGAUCGCAAGGAUAUUAAACUUGAGUAUGCCCUUUUUACAUCUCCCUCAGUUGUAGUGAAUGAUGGGCGCCUAGGGUAUCGAAACCUGUUUGAUGCAAUCUUGGAUGCGGCUUACUCAGCAUUAGAGAAGGCUGGAGGCGGUUCUUUGAAAAUCGUCGUAUCAGAGACUGGUUGGCCCUCGGCUGGUGGGGAUGGGACAGUGACAACGAAGGGGAAUGCGAGAAUUUACAACUCAAAUUUGAUCAAGCACGUGAAGGGAGGGACGCCAAAGAGACCUAGAGUCCCCAUAGAGACUUAUAUGUUUGCCAUGUUUAAUGAGAAUAAGAAACCUGGAGAAGAGACUGAGAGACACUGGGGGCUGUUCUUUCCUAACAAACAGCCUGUUUAUCACAUUGAUUUCAACUAAGGGUGGAAACUCUAGUGUUCUAAGGUUACUCGUAACCCUAAAUAAAAGCUAAGUGUCUUCUGAUGUAUGGGCAGGUUUUAUUUAUUUAUUUAUGAAAUCUAAGGCAAAAGCCAAGUGUCUUGUGAUGUAUACAAAAUUGUCGCUAAAGGGGAAUAUAAUAAUGAUGAAGUUUACUUCUCUC